GGGGCGGCGGCGCUGCGGGCCGCGGCGAGCGCCUCGCCGCGGCGCGGUGCGAGGCGAAGAGGAAGGCGCUGUCGUUGGGCGCCGACGCCGGCGCGUGCCGCGGCGAGGCCGAGGAGCUCUCUGAGGAGCUGCGUCGCGCCGCGGAAGGUGCCUCCGCGAGGCUGCGCGCCGCCCAGGAGGAGCGGGCGUGCCACGCCGGGCGCCUGGAGGCGCUGAGGGCCCGGCACGCGGGGGCGGCGGAGCAGCUGCGGCGGCUGUCCGAGGAGCUCGCGGGCGCGGAGGCGCGGGGGGCGGAGCUCGAGGCGGAGGGGCGGCGGCUGCAGUCCGAGCUCGGCGCGGCCGCCGCGGAGCUCGCCGGAGGGCGCGACCGGGCGCAGGAGCGCGGCCGCCUGUGCGAGCGGCGCCACCGGGUGCUCCAGCAGUCCCUGGAGGCCUCCUCUCGGCGGCGAGCCGGCUGGCGUCUAGGGCCGCGGCCUGGGACGAGGCCCUCCAGAGCCUCGGGGGCGACUGCGAGGAGACGCUGCGCUCCUGUGGCCGGCGGGCGGAUGCGGCGCUGGCCGCCAGCGACGAGGCCAGGCGCGCGGAGCUGGCGCAGGCCCUGGCAGAGUGGCACGAGCUGGUCUGGAGCCCAGCUCGGUCUGGCGCGCUGCAGGGGCCGGCGCUGCGCGCGCUGGGCGCGGCCCAUUUGCGCGCGCUGGGCGCGGUCGAGGCUGCCCUGCGGGAGCGCGAUCGGCGCCGCUCCGCGGUCGGCGGGGCGGGCGCGGCGGAGGC